AUGCCACCUCCCCUCCUACGAAAAAGGCUAACUUCAGCCAAGAAAGCUCUCGGUAUCCUGCAAAAUAAUGUUGCUCGUGAAUUAAGAAGUGAAACCUUACUCAAUUACCAGGACAAACUACUGCCAGUAUUAUCUAACACCUAUUAUGAUCUGUUAAGGGAACUCCAGUCGCAUGAGGGCGAAUCAGUAGCCCUUCCAAGAUCCACAUUGGCCUUGAAGCACACUUUGCAUGUUCCCAUCAUCACCGUAACCAACUUGACUGUCCAACCUGGAGAAGAUCACUUUAUCAUCUGGCUCUUAAUAUCGUCGUUUCUCCCGUUAGUGGCCGCAUGUAUGGCUCCUUUGGGCAAUUUGAUCUCCUUGGUUGGGCUAGUAGAACACUGGAGAAUCAGUAUUGAAACAGGCAAGGCAGUGCUGGACAUUGGCUAUGUUUUCUCUCUCAACAUUGCAUCGUUCGUUCUAGGAAUUGUGGGAAAUAUGUCUCUCGUGAUGAAUUUCUCAGGAAAAAUGAGAUACUUGGUCACUCAAAGUGUCUCGAUCAUCUGCUGGAUAUUGGCAGCAACAUUCCUCCUAAUAGCGGUGCUCCUCACUAACCGUGAGUUUUCUGGACCAAAUGCUACCUUCGAACGGUCUGAGGGCUUCUGGUUAGCCGUAUUCACCACUGUCAUGUACUACUCCUGCUCGGUUAUACUUAUGGUGAACUUCAUAGGAUAUAAGCUUGAUAAGUAUCCGCCAACAUUCAAUCUCGACAAGAAACAACGACUGCUCAUGUCAUACACCAUUGCCUUCUCUGUUUGGCAGGCGGUAGGCAGUAUUUCCAUGACGCAUCUUAUUUCCAACUUGAGUUACGGUACUUCAUUGUAUUACUGUACGGUCUCCAUGUUGACCAUUGGUUUGGGAGAUAUCGUGCCCAUCACUGCGGGUGCCAAAGUGUUUGCACUUAUUUUCUCAUUUAUAGGUGUGAUCAUCAUGGGUUUGAUUGUUGCGACUAUUCGUCAGGUUGUACUUUCAUCGGCUGGUCCGAGCAUUUUCUGGCAUUUUGUCGAGAAAAAUAGAAUUCGAGUCUUGAAAACAUUGGAGGAGAAAAAUGUGCAUUUGACCACAGAAGAAUCGUUUCGUCAAAUGAGACUAUUAAGAGCAAAAGUUAGACUUCAUCAAACAAAUGUCUCACUCGUGAUUUCUAUCACUGUAUUUUUGUCCUUUUGGUUAAUUGGAGCACUUAUCUUCCAUUUCGUGGAGAAAUGGGGCUUCUUCAAUUCUGUCUACUUCUGCUUCUUGUGUCUUGUGACAAUUGGGUACGGAGACUUCCAUCCAUCGACAGCAUUUGGACGAAUUUUUUUUAUACAAUGGGCCAUCACUGCCAUUCCCUUGAUGACCAUCUUGAUCUCCAAUGUGGGUGAUAAGCUCUACGAGUUUGCAGACCGCGUGGACACCAUUGCUACUUUUCUCCUUAGUUGGAGAACUUGGGUGGCUGCUUUUUCAUGCUGGCCAUUGGAGACUUCGGAUGCUGAGGUGGAACGGAAGAUAGACCAGGAGGAUUUAGAAGAGAAUAUCGAGGUGGAAGAAGUGGAGGAAGAGACUGCACUAGAUGAGGAUGUGGAUGUAGAGACAUCACUAGAAGAAGAAGGGAUAGACGCAGUGUUGGAGGGAGCUGACACUGAAGUUGGAAAGGCAAAGGUGAUAACUGACCAAUUUCAAUCAGAUUCUUCGGGAAUAACCAACCUUCCGAACGGUACCAAUGUUAACGAUGUCCAGCGAAUUAUUCUGGAGCGUCUUCAAAUCUCCAGUCGGAUUCUCGACAGGCUCAAUACGCUACGAGUAGUAAUGCUUGACGGACUCGAGGAUCCGCAGAAAAGGUAUACGGUGGAAGAAUGGACAGAAUUGCUCCUGAAACUCCAGCAUGAAGAUAACGAUCAGACAUUGGAUCCUAAGUAUUGGCUUGGUGAUAGCUCUCCUCUUCGGCUUCCUAUCAAGGAACCUAACUAUCUUCUGCUCAAAUUGUUCUUCCGAAUAGAGGAAGACCUCCAGCAGCUCAUAGAAUCGCAGAACCAAGCGUUGAGAAGGCUUUAUGCUACAGACCCCCACAUUGAGAAGGAUUCCGGAGUCGCUUUCACACCACCACGCAAGGUCCGCUCCCAAUCAUCAUUGACGUAA